UGUUUUCCUUGUUUUUUUUUUUCCCCAAAUCUAAUCUGAAUCCGUCGAGACUAGAGCCCUAAAAGAGCUUUGCUUGCUCCUCCUGAACAUCGAGCGCGAUUCAUCUACGAAGGCCGAAGCAAGCGUUUUCCCUCGGGAUAUAUAUGGUUCUUGAUCUCUGAGGAAAGAAGAAGAUUUUGCGACUUUGAUAAUUUUGAAUUACUAGAUUUUAAGAUAAGAAACAAUGUCGUCUGAUUCACCGAACUUGCCUCCUCCUGCUGCGGUAACAAUACCAGAUGAUCAGCCUCCACCUCCUCCUCCUCCUGCUGCUUCUGCAUCCCCUGUUGUUGUAGAAGCUGGAAGCGAUGGUUCACCUAAAGGUGUUGCAUCGAAACUAUCUGCUUCUGGGAUAUCAACGUGGGCUAAAAAUUUGAAAGUUCCUCAGCCGUUUGCUUCCACACAAAACGACUCUGGUGUGGAGAAUAACGAAAAGUCUGCUUUUGCAAAGUUUACGAGUGGGUUAGGGCUUCGUUUAUCUCCGAAAUCUCCUCAACCUAAUGAGGCCACGGAAGGGACGACUUCAGCAACUGCUACAGAAUCUAGUUUCAUUGGGACGAUUACGAAAGGUUUGGUUGAUACUUCGAAGAAUGCUGUCAAGGCAGUACAAGUCAAGGCUCGACAUGCUGUGUCUCAAAACAAAAGAAGAUAUCAGGAAGGAGGAUUUGAUUUGGAUCUGACGUACAUAACAGAGAACAUCAUUGCAAUGGGGUUUCCUGCUGGUGAUAUGAGUUCUGGCUUUUUUGGAUAUGUCGAGGGUUUCUACCGUAACCAAAUGGAAGAAGUUAUCAACUUUCUUGAAACUCAACACAAGGCAAAAUACAAGGUUUACAAUCUUUGUUCAGAGAGGUUGUAUGAUGUAUCCUUAUUUGAAGGGAAGGUGGCCAGUUUCCCGUUUGAUGAUCAUAAUUGCCCGCCAAUCCAUUUGAUCACCUCAUUCUGCCAAAGUGCAUAUUCAUGGUUAAAGGAGGACAUUGAGAAUGUUGUGGUUGUUCACUGUAAGGCUGGCAUGGCAAGGACAGGGCUUAUGAUUUGUAGUCUUCUGCUGUAUCUGAAGUUCUUUCCGACUGCCGAAGAGUGCAUGGAUUUCUACAACCAGAAACGAUGUGUGGAUGGAAAAGGACUUGUGCUACCCAGCCAAAUUAGAUAUGUGAAAUACUUUGAACGAAUUUUAACCUACUUCAACGGGGAAAACCAACCUGGCCGUAGGUGUAUGCUUAGGGGAUUCCGGCUCCAUAGGUGUCCCUAUUGGAUUAGGCCAUCCAUCACUAUUUCAGAUCAUAAUGGUGUUCUCUUUACCACGAAAANAAUUUUAUAUUUUGAGAUAUAUCCGGAAACAAUAAAUUAUGAUCCAGAAGACUUUUGGUUCAGUGCCCCAAAGAAAGGGGUUAUGGUCUUCGCCUUACCCGGAGAGCCAGGCCUAACAGAAUUGGCUGGGGACUUCAAAAUCCAUUUUCAUGACCGCCAAGGAGAUUUUUACUGCUGGUUAAACACGACAAUGAUGGAAAAUAGAGUGAUCCUAAAAACAAGUGAGCUUGACGCGUUUGACAAGAGAAAGCUACCAUCGCCUGGAUUUAUGGUUGAAGUUGUUCUUGCUGAUAUAAAUGCAACAAUCCCUACGAACCCUAGUUCUGAAACAGCAUCCACAACACCGGAAGAAACUCCAGCAGCUAAUUCUUCCCCUGUAGACGGCUCUGCAUCGGUUCCAGGACCCAAUAAAGAAGCAGAGAAUCCUGAUAAGGACGAUGUGUUCUCUGAUAACGAAGGAGACUCAACUGGCCCGACUAAAACCACAUCAUCGGCUUCUUCUCAAACCCCAGAAGCCAAACGGAGCGCAGAUGAAACCUCUGUUCUGGCUAAAGCGACUGAGAAAGUGUCUAUUUCUGGAAACAAGGGAUCAUCACAGCCCGUGCAAGGAGGUACUGUUAGCAAGGCUGAAGCAACAGAGAAACCCUCUGGGGCUGGGGUCAAUCCUUCUUCAAGCUCAGAGAGUGAGUUCAAGGUCAUGGCGGCUGAUGCAUCAGUGUUCUCAUUUGGAGAUGAAGAUGACUUUGAAAGCGAUUGAAGAAAGGGUGAUCAAAAGCAGGAAGAUGUGUACAUAAAAACAGGGAAUGUUAAAUCCAUUCA